CUCAGAUCCCCUUCCUCGUCCUCAGGGACAGGGGCAGAUCCGGCCAUGAGCGUAAAGAGCAACCACUGCCUAGAUGCCGCCAAGGCCUGCAACUUGAAUGAGAACUGCAAGAGGCUGCGGUCGGCCUAUAUCUCCACCUGCAACCGGGAGGUCUCGAACUUUGAACGCUGCAACCGACGCAAGUGCCACAAGGCCCUGCGCCAGUUCUUCGACAGGGUGCCCAGCGAGUACACCUACCGCAUGCUCUUCUGCUCCUGCCGCGACCAGGCCUGUGCCGAGCGCCGCCGGCAGACCAUCCUCCCCAUCUGCUCCUACGAGGACAAGGAGAAGCCCAACUGCUUGGAACUGCGGAACAUGUGCCGGGCUGACCACCUGUGCCGAUCCCGGCUGGCAGACUUCCAUGCCAAUUGUCGUGCCUCUUACCAGACAAUGACCAGCUGCCCUUCAGACAACUACCAGGCAUGUCUGGGCUCCUAUGCAGGCAUGAUUGGGUUUGAUAUGACACCAAACUAUGUGGACUCCAAUCCUACCAGCAUUGUGGUGUCUCCUUGGUGCAGUUGCCGGGGGAGUGGGAACAUGGAGGAAGAGUGUGAAAAGUUCCUGAAGGACUUCACAGAGAAUCCAUGUCUCCGAAAUGCCAUCCAGGCUUUUGGCAAUGGCACAGAUGUGAACGUGUCUCCCAAGAAUCCCCUGUUCCAUGCCACUCAGCCUCCUAGGAUGGAAAAGACCCCAUCUUUGCCAGAUGAUCUCAACGACAGCACCAGCCUAGGGACUAGUGUCAUUACCACUUGUACAUCUAUCCAGGAGCAGGGACUGAAACUCAACAAGUCCAAAGAGCUGAGCAUGUGCUUCACAGAGCUUACCACGAACAUCAUCCCAGGAUCCAAUUUUGUGGGAUCUCCUGACUCAGUCGAUGGCCGACCCAGACCUGUGAUCACCCUGACUGCAGUCACCUUCCUGUUGCUGACCCUGGCUUUGUAGGUGAUAGAGAGGACCAUACCUGAAGAUUUCUAAAAGCUACAAAACAUAACAUACAUACAUGUGCACACACACACACACACACACACACACACACACACACACACACAGGAACCUGCCUGACAAAGUGGAAACAGACAAGCAUACAAACAGACACAAACCUACACACAUUCCUUGCAAAAAGAAAAAAAAAAUUCACCUUGUCUCUGAACUCGUCUCCUCUCAGCUUUCUGCUCUGGAGAAUUUUUUUUUCUAAUGCAAACAGAUAAAGCAGGUGAUUGGCCUGAGAGCUGGCACUGGAUGCCCACUGACAUGGGGAGCCCAGUGCUGGGAGAGGACAAUCAGUUCUCAAAAUGCCUCAGUGUUUUCUUGCUCCCUCUCUUUGUGGAAACAAGAGACAAAGGUGAAAUACCAUGAAGCACUUGACUCUGGAAGGACCCAAAGCUGUGACCAGAAGAGGCUGGAGGGAGAUGUGCUCCUGGUACAUUUCUACCUUUGGAACUUGCUCAUGGGACCAAACUCAAUGGGCUGGCAUCAGUGUGCAUGGCCACUGAGGCUAGGGGAGGACCUGGCAGAGUGGCCAGGGGAGCCAGCUCGGCAGCCUUUAGCAUUUCCUCAUGGAGCCUUCAAGAACCGUCUUCUUUCUCCCUCUUUUCUCUUCCUUCUUCCCCCCAACUCCCAUGCCCUUAGCAGGGGCCGGGCAUUACCUAUUCCAAUCAAUCUGUGUGCUGGUGUUUUUGCUCCUAAAGGGUACCCGUGAAGGGUGUGAGUUUCUGUGUGUGUGGGGUGAUGCUAGGGUCAGAUCUUCUGAGAUGGGUUCCUUCAUUGUGAUUCAUCACAGAAGCAUGUCUCUGCCUAGGCAUAGGGGUUCAGCCUUCCUCCAUGCUGGUGCAACAGGCACUAGAACAAGCUUUUGCCUCAAGGAAGGCUGGGGGAAGAGGGCCUGCCUUCCACCUUCAUGGUGAGAGUUUUAAAAGGUAAAGCAAAACAAGUACUUAUUCUAUUUCUAGCUGAUUCAUUUGGUGGGUAUCCCUUUAGGGAGAGAAGCAGAGAGCAGCAGGAGAGGCUACAGUUAGAAGUCUGUAUGUGUUUAACUCUUCCUGUCUCUCUUUCUUCCUUUCCCAGUCCCUCCUGAGAAAUACAUAGACUGUAUGUAUAUAGCGAGCGCUCCUUUAUUGACAUAUAUGUAUAUAUACAUCUCAUAUACAUAUACUGUGUGGUUUCCCCUUCUUUCCUUUUUUUAAGAAACAAAACAACAAAAACUUUCCCAAAAGAUGAACGAAAUGUAUUAUUGUAAAGUUUAUUUUUUUUAAUAAUGUUGUCUAUAAUGGAAAAAAAAAACAAAGGAAAUUAAACCCCCUUGUAUUCCUGGUCCAGACUCACCAAUAGGGCUGGAAAAGGGUGGGGGCAGCGACCAAUAUUCACGCUUAACCAAUGGUUCCAAUAAAUGUACUCGGAAGCAAUUUGCUUUCAACUUUA